AUGCAGCUCACAUAUCUUUCUCUGGCUCUUGGGCUCGUUGGGAUCUCCGAUGCGAUUCACUUGCCCGUCCAACGUGUCCGUCCUCGCUCGUCAGGAAGUACUAGUACGGCCAUGACGAAGCAGAGAGGCGUAGCAGGGCUCGGAAAUACACAGAAUAUCAUGUACACCGCCGAGGUUCAAACCGGAGGCGCAAGCUAUACUCUACAGCUCGAUACUGGAAGCAGCGAUCUGUGGUUCGCUCCUGUCCAGAACUACAACAAGACAUUCGCAUCUGUCAAGAAAUAUGAAAACCUCCAGGUGAAUUUGACCUACGGAACCGGUUGGGCAGCCGGCGCUGUCGCCCAAACGAACGUUGAAUUUGCCGGGUUCAGCAUCACCAACCAGUCGUUCUUGUACAUUGAACAGGUCUCGCAAUGGGACAUCGAAUUUGAGCAACAGUAUCCGCUAUACCAAGGUUUAGCCGGACUAUCCUUCGAUACUCUGUCGCAAAUCAACAGCGUCGUGGUGAACACCACCAACCAGACGUGGGGAAGAAGUCUCAUGUCGAACAUCUUUCUCGCUGAUCCAUCCACGCCGAAUCAUAUUGCGUUCUUCUUGGAUAGAAACGACGGCUUGAAUAACACUGAUACCGGAUACUUUGACAUCGGUACCUAUGCACCGGGUUACGAGCAGGUCGCCAAUCAACCAAAGCUCGAUGUGUUCACUGGAUUUAGCUCUCAAGUUCUCCAGUGGAAUCUCCUCGUCCAUAAACUUUCCAUCAACGGGAAGAAGCAACACCUGAAAACGAGUAUCAAGGUAGAUCAAGCCGUAGGACUUACGAAUGUCCCUCCAGAAGGAACAGUUUCAGCGCUGAUGGAUACUGGAACCUCCUCUGCUCUGAUCCCCGAGCAUGCGUUUCAUGAGCUGUACAAGUCAAUGGGAGGCGUGUAUUUCAAAGAAUAUUCGAUCUACGUUGUACCUUGCUUGGCUCAGGCAAGCGUCGAGUUUGUGAUUGGAAACGUGACUGUUGCGAUCAAUCCUCUCGAUCUGACAGAUGUCCAAAUUGACGACUUUGGAACCGGUCGGAAUCUUACGUUUUGCUCCAGUGCAUAUUCGCCAUCCAGUUACGAUGGUGCAGACAACGACCUUAUAUUGGGCGAUGCUUUCCUCCGAAACGUAUAUGCGGUCUAUAACUAUGGCGAUUUUGUCAAGACCGAGUCUGGUCUCAAUACUUCCAGUCCAUUUAUUCGACUUCUUCCUCUUACGAAUGCUACUGCCGCGAGUGAAGAAUUCAAGCAAACCAGGACCAAGAGCCUGCAAGGACUGCCACCUCAACUCGAUAUAAAAACCGUCAACGAUCCCACGCCUAAGCCUAUGAAGAGCACUACAUCCAGCUCCAAGACCAACGGAGGCGCCGCAAACGUAAACGCCGCACUGUCCGCUUCGUCCUCGGCUAGCGUUUCCCAGCUUGAGGCGGAUGUAUCAGACUCGCUGAAAACGCUAGCCUCGCUCGCACCCGUAGUGCUCGGCCUGCUUGGUGCGAGCGUAGGACUCUUGGUCAUCCUCAUUGCCAUCGCUGGGUUUGCCUUGGUCCAGGCUCGGAAGCAGGCUGGGGCACCUGCUUAUGCGCCAGUUCCUUUAACGAGAGAACGUCCCGGAGGGUACAAGGAUGAGGAUGGGGCAAAGUACGAUAUACCUUUUAGAGAUUGA